AACUAUCUAACCACGGCCUUACUAUUAAUAUUAUCCAUACAUAUUAUUAUAUUGUAAAUAUAGUACAAGCGGAUGAACCGGUGUGUCGAGUCGUGUGUUGUUUUUCCUCAUGUUGGAUUGUUGUAGAGAAAUUAGGCGAAUAAAAUUAGUUCAACAAAUUGGGCCACGAUGUGGAAAUACUCAGUGUUCUGCGUAAUCGCCUUGCUAGUAAACAUUAAUUGUCAAAAUUCAGAUUUAGCAGACGCCAUAUUUAGUGAAAGUUCAUUAGAAAACAGAACGGUAGACCAAGCGCAAUGCAACACCAUAGAAGGAGUGACUCAGGGCUGUUGGGAGUGCUACCUCUGCACACACCACUCCGUUCGGUACCAUUCGGAGAAACAACAUGACAUCCAUACCUUGAAGCUGUACAAAGAUGACUGCACGAGUACUGAAGUGUGCUGCGUCAACCAACAAGAUCUCAACGACUAUCGGUCAAAUGAUAAAUGCGGUGUUGACAAUCCGGAAGGCAAGCCGCGCCGGGUGCGACCAUCAGUGCAUUCUAUACUGCAGGGACAGUAUCCGUGGCGGGCUUGGGUUUAUGUUGACGACAUGUUCCUCUGUGCUGCUACAUAUAUCAACGAAGCGGCACGUGCUCUGGUUACAUUGGCCAGCUGUGUUAAUGGCUACCCUGUGAAAGACCUUGUAGUGACGUUUGAUAAGGAUGGUGAUGAUCAGACCAGCGUACAGGAGGUUAUAAUACACCCGGAGUAUAGUAAAACGAAACCUCUCAACGACAUUGCUAUUAUAAUCCUGGAUGCAUCGGAUUCCCUGCCCCGGACAGCCACGGAGGCCUGCGUGCCGCAGUCCCCGCCGCAGUUCGGAAAGUCCUGCAUCAGCGCUUCCGAAGAUAAUUUAGAAGUGAACAGCAGAAUACCGCUACAAUCACGGUGUAACAGCACCCUCUUGCACGCCUCGCUCAUGUGUACGGUGUCACACAAGGACGCGUUUAGACCAGAACUGGGCGGUGGUCUGUUUUGUUUGGAGGAGGAAGUGAACAAUUUCCGAUACAUAUUAUAUGGGAUUUUGAUUGACAAAAUCGAGAACGUACAUAUGUAUUCCAAUGUGACGAAUCACAUGGACUGGUUGAAAACUAAAAUAGACGUGUUUUUAUAAAUAAAAAAAUGUUAAAAACUAAA